GUUAGUUUCCAUCUCUGUCAGAGUGGGAGACAAUGACCACUCUCCUUCGAGGUAUCCUAAGCUUGCCGACGGAAACUUGAUUUCCCGCUGUCAAGCCGCCGGAAAACCUGAUUCCGGCGGGAAUCUGCCCUUUACGACGCCAUUCUUCGUGCAUUUCCGGCUACAAGGUUAGGUUUUCCCGCCAACUCAAGGCUUAUAGUGCCAUUUUCCGGCGUUGAAAGUGCAUGAGAUCGAGCUGCAUUGGAGGAUCAGUAUGUUCAUGGUAAUGUCUGUCAUCUAAGUGGAAGAAUAGUCUUAUUAUGGUCUAAAAAGACAUGCACAACCAAUGAUCAUUGAAAUGUAUGAGAUCUUUAGGGCACUACAACUGCAAUUGAGACAAUUAUAUAAUUAUGCUUCCAUUGGUUUGAUUGGGUCAUCAUCUCGCACCACAGAAAAGUGCCAUUGAGAAUGCAGUAGGAGUAGGCCCGUCUUUAUUGAGGUUAUUGGGAAUUUGGAAGACAUAAAUAGUAUUUUUUUAAUUUUAAAAAAUGGAGGUUCCAUUGGAGAGUGUGGAUGAAGAUGUGGUUAAGAAGCCCCAAGAGUCAGCACCUUUAAAGAAGUGCAUCACAGAUUCAGUAGGAAGUGCCAAAAAAAUGCUGAAAAAUGGGAAACCAUCUCCUACACAGCCAAUUCGACCUUCAGGACCAGUUCUUUUGACCAAGAAGAGAGCAGAAGGUACUUCUUCUCUUUCAGAUUCAGGUUCAUCAACAAAACUAAGAGCCAGCGUUUCGGGUUCUCCUUCAAGCGCUUCUGAUAAAAAUGUAGCUGCUUUAAAGAGAAGGAAUAGCGUUGGUGGGUUGACUACCGAGCGACAAUCGGUUAAUAAACGGCCAGAAAACAUAACCACAGCAGCUGGACUAAAACGGGUUUCCUCCUUUGUUUCAGAAACAGAAAAGCAAAACCCAACUGAGUCUCGAAGAGCUUCUUUGACUUCUCUUACCACUAAACCUUCAACACCGUCUUCCGUUUCUUCUACUAUGAAAACUUCACGCCUAUCUCCUAGAACCGACAAUAGAAAGCAAGAAAUUGUGAGAAAACCUUUGGUUAAGCCCUCUAUCUUGUCUCCUCAAGGAGCUUUUAACUCUUCCCCUGGUGCUGCUUUUGGUUCUUCAGUGAAGAAGGGUUCAACGCCUCUAAGUGUGACGCAGGUUAGGAGCUCAGUCUCACUUGAUGGUAGUGCUAGUAGCCUAAAGAGGAUGCCUUCUACUCCUUCGAGCCGAUCCCCUUCAAUUAAUAGCAAGGCAAAGUUGGGUUCAUUAUCGGCAUCAGUUGACCGGGGUUCUUCGUCUGUUACUGGCCGCCGUAAGUCUUCCACUCCGGAUGGUCGGGACUCUAGAUUUGUGAUGCUCCCACAAGUGGAGAUCAAAGCAGGAGAUGAUGUGAGACUAGAUCUUAGGGGUCACAGAGUACGCAAUCUGGAUGCUGGUGGGUUGAACUUGUCCCCAAAUCUAGAGUUUGUUUAUCUCAGGGAUAAUCUUCUAUCAUCUCUGACGGGGAUUGAGAUUUUGAAACGCGUGAAGGUUCUUGAUUUGAGCUUUAAUGAGUUCAAAGGGCCAGGAUUUGAGCCGCUUGAGAAUUGUAAAGCUCUCCAGCAAUUAUAUCUUGCUGGAAAUCAAAUCACAUCACUUGCGAGCCUCCCUCAGCUUCCUAAUUUGGAGUUUUUAUCAGUUGCUCAAAAUAAGUUAAAGUCACUUGCCAUGGCCAGUCAACCCAGACUGCAGGUAUUAGCAGCCAGCAAAAAUAAAAUAUCAACUUUAAAAGGAUUUCCUCAUCUACCACUUCUCGAGCAUUUACGCGUGGAGGAGAACCCGAUAUUGGAAAUGCCCCAUCUAGAAGCAGCUUCCAUCUUGCUUGUUGGACCCACUCUAAAAAAGUUCAAUGAUCGAGAUCUCUCUUCUGAGGAGCAGAAGCUUGCAAAACUAUAUCCUGCCCACACAGCCUUAUGCAUAAGAGAUGGUUGGGAUUUUUGUAAGCCUGAACUUUCUGAAGAUUCGACUUUCCGGUUUUUUUAUGGACGAUGGAAGGACCAUUUACCCCCAGGCUACAUUCUUAAGGAAGCAUGUGUUGAUCAACCUUUUGAAGAUGACGCUUGCCGCUGCCAUUUUGUUUUUGUGAAAGACCGCACAGUGUCUAAUGAUUCUGAGUUAUUUCUAAAAUACCAAUGGUUUAUUGGAGAGAAAACACCUACCGGAUUUGUUGCUAUCAAAGGUGCCAAUGGAGAGAGCUACUGGCCAAAGCAUGAAGAGAUCGAUCGAUUCUUGAAGGUUGAGUGCAUUCCAAUACUGGGUGAUACUGAGUAUCCUCCAAUCUUUGCCGUUUCUUGUCCCGUUACUGCUGGCACUGGAUGCCCGAAGGUUCUUAACUUAAAGGUCGAAGGAGAACUCGUUGAGGGCAAUGUGAUCAAAGGCUUUGCUGAGGUUGCAUGGUGUGGUGGGCCUCCAGGAAAAGGCGUGGCAAGCUGGUUGAGAAGGAGAUGGAACAGCAGUCCUGUGGUAAUAGUUGGAGCUGAAGAUGAAGAGUAUCGGUUGACAGUAGAUGACAUUGAUUCGAGUUUGGUUUUUAUGUACACACCAGUGACAGAGGAAGGUGUUAAAGGAGAGCCUCAGUAUGCUAUGACUGACUUUGUAAAGGCCGCUACUCCUUCAGUGAGUAAUGUACGCAUCCUACAUGAUGCUGUUGAAGGUAUUACCAUUAAAGGGGUUGGGGAUUAUUUUGGAGGAAGGGAAGGCCCAAGCAAGUUUGAGUGGCUUCGUGAGAACAAGGAAACUGGUGAAUUUACGGUGGUGUUGACUGGUACAUCUGAGUAUACUCUGACAAAGGAAGACAUUGGCGUUCGCCUGGGAUUUGUUUAUAUACCAAUUAACUUUGAAGGGCAGGAAGGGAAACCUGUAACAGCCAUGACAGAUACCGUUAAGCAAGCCCCUCCAAAGGUCUCCAAUUUGAAAAUAGUUGGAGAUAUAAGAGAGGGAAGUAAAGUAUCAGUAAGUGCUUCGGUCACUGGAGGUACUGAAGGAUCGAGCAGAGUGCAGUGGUUCAAAACAAGUUCUUCCAAGUUGGACGGGGAGAAUAGCCUUGAAGCUGUGAGCACAUCCAAAAUUGCGAAGGCUUUUCGAAUCCCCCUGGGUGCGGUUGGUUAUUACAUUGUAGCAAAAUUUAUUCCAAUGGCUCCUGAUGGUGAUUCUGGAGAACCUGCAUAUGUUAUUUCUGACAAAGCAGUUGAAACCCUUCCACCAAGCCUGAAUUUCCUCUCGGUCACUGGUGAUUACUCUGAGGGUGAAAUACUGACUGCAUCUUAUGGUUACAUUGGGGGUCACGAAGGCGAUAGUCAAUACAAUUGGUACCUUCAUGAGAGUGAAAAUGAUCCUGGUAUUUUAAUACCCGAGGCAUCGGGUCUUCUUCAAUAUCGCAUAUCAAAGGAAGCCAUUGGCAACUUUGUCUCAUUCAGAUGUACUCCUGCACGAGAUGAUGGCACCAUUGGUGAACCAAGAACUUUAAUGGGGCAGGAGCGAGUUCGUCCUGGUAGUCCAAGGCUUCUUUCUUUGCAAAUAUUGGGGGAAUGUGUUGAAGGGUCUACUCUUCAUGUUGACAAGAGAUAUUGGGGAGGGAGUGAGGGAGGGUCAGUUUUUCGUUGGUUCUUGACGAGCUCAGAUGCGACACAACAUGAAAUAAAAGGUGCAAGUAGUUCAUCAUACACCAUUUCAAGUGCUGAUAUAGGUUUCCAUAUCUGUGUUUCAUGUGAGCCUAUUCGAAGUGAUUGGGCUCGAGGUCCUACGGUGCUUUCUCAAGACAUUGGACCCAUUUUACCUGGAUCUCCAACAUGUGAGUUGCUUGAAUUUCGUGGGUCGAUGGUUGAAGGUCAACGUUUAAGCUUUGCUGCCACGUAUUGGGGCGGAGAGAAAGGAGAUUGCAUUUAUGAAUGGUUUAGGCUGAGAAGUAACAAUUUCAAGGACAAGCUAAGCAGCAGAGAGUUUCUGGAGUUGACGAAUGAAGACGUGGGCAGAUGUAUUCAACUUGUUUUCACGCCUGUAAGAAAAGAUAGGCUAAGAGGAGACCCUAAGAUCAUUCUCUCUGAUGUCAUUGCUCCUGCGGACCCUGUAGCACUAGAGUUGGGUAUUCCUGAUGGUUAUGAGGAUGAAGAGAUGGUCCCUCGAAAAUCGUAUUAUGGUGGACAGGAAGGUGAUGGGAAAUACACAUGGUUUAGACUCAACCAGAAGAUUCCUGAAUCUGAGUUGAUGAGCAUAGCAGAUGCAUGUGCCAAUGCUGGUAUUCUUGGAAAUAACUUGACAUAUUCGCCAAAGCUGGAAGAUGUGGGAGCUUAUCUAGCUUUACGUUGGGUGCCUGUUCGUGAGGAUGGGAAAUGUGGAGCACCUAUAGUUGCAAUUAGUGAUGGUCCUGUUGCUCCAGCUCUUCCAACUGUUCGAAAUGUUCAGAUUAAGGAGCUUUCUAGUGGGGUCUUUUCUGGAGUAGGGGACUAUUAUGGAGGAUUUGAGGGGUCAAGUCUUUUCAGCUGGUACAGAGAAAUCAUUGAAGGAACCAUGAGUCUCAUCAAUGGAGCAAACUCUAUAACCUAUAAAGUUACAGAUGAAGACUACAACUGCCGCUUGUUCUUUGGUUACACUCCUGUUCGGUCUGAUUCUGUUGUGGGUGAAUUGAGAUUAUCUGAGCCUUCUGACAUUGUUCUUCCAGAACUUCCGCAAAUUCAAAAACUUAUUUUCAAUGGAAAAGCCGUAGAAGGAGAAGUGCUAACUGCCAUAGAAGUCAUUCCAGACAGUGAAGCUCAGCAACAUGUCUGGGACAAGUACAAGAAAGAAGUAAAAUAUCAAUGGUCCUAUUCCUCUGAAAUGGGUGAUAGCCAGUCGUUUGAGCAAUUACCUUCACAGAGAUCGUGCUCAUAUAAAGUUCGGUUAGAGGACAUUAAUCGCUCCCUGAGGUGUGAAUGUAUAGUGACAGAUGUCUUUGGAAGGUCCAGUGAACCUGCAUCAGCUGUCACUGGUCCUGUUACACCAGGUAUUCCGAAAAUAGAUAAGCUCGAGAUUGAAGGGAGGGGCUUCCAUACGAAUCUAUAUGCUGUUCGUGGUAUUUACAGUGGGGGUAAAGAAGGGAAAAGUAGAAUCCAGUGGCUGAGAUCCAUGGUUGGAAGUCCAGAUCUUAUAUCUAUUCCAGGUGAAGUGAGCAGGAUGUAUGAGGCUAAUGUGGAUGACGUUGGGUAUAGGCUUGUUGCUGUUUAUACUCCUGUAAGAGAGGAUGGAGUUGAAGGCCAGCCGGUUUCAGCCUCAACUGAGCCCAUUACAGUUGAGCCUGAUGUCUUCAAAGAAGUGAAGCAAAAGCUGGAGCUUGGAGCAGUGAAGUUUGAGGCUUUGCGCGAUAGGGAUCGUUCUCCAAAGACUCAAGUUCAACAAGGAGUCAUCGGGGGUCUUGAAAGGAGACUCUUAGAAGUUAAUAGGAAGCGUGUCAAGGUUGUCAAGCCUGGUUCGAAGACAUCCUUUCCGGCAACAGAGAUUCGUGGAACAUAUGCACCUCCCUUUCAUGUGGAGGUAUUUCGUAAUGAUCAACAUCGAUUGAAGAUUGUGGUGGAUAGUGAGAACGAGGUGGAUCUCAUGGUUCAGACACGACACAUGCGUGAUGUCAUUGUCCUCGUGAUCAGGGGCCUUGCUCAGAGGUUUAACAGUACCUCCCUCAAUUCCCUUCUGAAAAUUGAACCCUAGAGAGAGAGAGAGAGAGAGAGAGAGAGAGAUGUGUAUGAUUGUGUGUGAUUUUGCAGUUUGUAAGUAUUGUUCUGUUUGUUUUAUAUUGUUGAGGGAUUUGAGUGGGGUGGUUGUAAUAUCAAGCAUUGUGCUUUUCAUCUUAUUUUCUAGUUUUUCUUUUUGUAUUUGUAAAUUAUUACAUCAAUGGAAUAUUUACUAGUUGAAUUUUAGUGGUAGUUUAUGUC